CCCGUUCGUUCUAUCUCCCGCGUCUUCUCAGAAGCAACUUUAUUUGUUACAAACACAGGUACAAAGUGGCAAACGUGCGUCAUCAUCUUGCGUCCUGUCAUUUUGUAGGAAACAUGGGUGCGCUGUGUAAUAACCUGCGUGCCAAGCUCCUGUCAUGGCAGCCGGUUGGACUGUUCCACACAGGGGCGAGGCUCCUGGCAGCAGACAAGGAGCUCCUGGUGAAGCUCAGAAAGAAGACGGGCUACUCUUUUAUCAACUGCAAGAAGGCUCUGGAGCAAUUUGGCAAUGAUUUGCAGCAAGCAGAGACAUGGUUGCACCAGCAGGCUCGGAAAGAAGGAUGGGACAAGGCUUCCAAACUUCAGGGAAGGAAAACUAGAGAGGGUCUUGUGGGGCUGCUGCAAGAUGGCAACACCUCUGUGUUGGUGGAAGAAUUCAAAGUUUCAGCAGCUGGUUCAGCAGGUGGCUGUGAGCACUCUGAGGCACUGCCAAAGUCAUCAGCAGAAUACAUCAUCUUAUGUCAAGAUAUUCAAUCCCAUGUGUCAGACGCCUCUGUGACAUCACAAUCCUGUCACCUGAGUCACUUUACUAUGAACCGACUUGUCUACUUAACCCUCAUCUGUAUAAUGACUGUCUCAGCCAAUGAGCGUCCUUGUCCCCAGCUGUUGGUCAGGAGAGAAAUAGUGAAUAAAGGGUUUCACAGGGACUUGGUUACAAGAGUUGCAGUUCAGGGCCCAUCAGAACAGGUGGAGCAGUGCAUGGUGCUGAUCCAAGAGCUCAUACCUUCUGGUUUAUAUCUGGAUCCAUAUCAGCUCUCCUCUCUGCGGCACCACAACCUGACAGAGGUUCUGUUACUGACAGCAGUAGAUGUGGAGGCCCCUGAGUACCUCUCUAAAGGCCUCACUGCUCUGGUCUAUCCCAAGUCAGACCCAUCGUGUGCCCAUUGCUUCAUCUCCAUCGUGCCGCUGCACCUGCGCUACCACCGACCUGCGGCCCAAACUGACACAGUCUCUGUAACGUUGCAGAACCCCAAAUUACUGGUCGACUGCGGCCCAGAUUUACCCCCCAGAUCUUGCUCACCCCACUCCGUGACUGAUGCUCCAUGUGACCUAAAGGACAAAUCACCGUGCCAAUGGCUGGAGCUUCCUUAUACUGCUGACCCAGGUGAAUUGAUUGUGGAGGUUCCAGUGGGUCUGACCCAGGACAGGCCAUUAGUAAAUACAGUGACUCUGAUAGUGACUGUGUUAUGUGCCGGGAUGAUACUCUGCGCUGUUUACAGACAUGGCUACGGUUCUGUGUAGUCUCUGGUCCAAAGGUCCAUUCUGCAGGCUGAGGGGAGGAGUUUGUGACUUGCCCUUUCACCUGGAUGAGCCCCAAGAAGUUUCCCAGGGACCUUUAGUGCACAAAUGGCUGUCUAUUCCAUGGGGCCCUUGAGGGCCCAAAGCUGUGGUUUUAAACCCUUUGGUGGUGCAUUUGUGUGGAGGGACUCACCUCAAAUCUGCUCUUGUGGUAUGUGGCCCCUGCGGAGUGCUGCAUACAUACAGUACUGGAACCCUCCCUUCCUUUAGCUGCAGCCUGUGUGAGGCUUUGAGAUAAGGAGCAGCUUAUGAUACAGAGAACUUCCCAGAGAACUGCUGCUGAUGUAACUUCCUGCUCCACCUUCUCACAUGGACUCGCCAGAACCAGGAAGUUGGAAAGUGAUUUCAAUGACUUGUUUGUUAUAACAAAAUAAUAAAAUGAGGAAUUAUUUCUAUUAA